AAAACGACAAUAUGUUCAUUCAUUCUUGUUUCCAUAUUGUAUGCAGUUAGUUGUCGUGGAAAACAAAAGGCACAAGCCUUACUUUACUUUCGAUUUGACACAAAAGACCAGUUUGAAAUGCAUCUUUUGUGUAAAUCAAAGUUUAUGUGCACUGGAUUAGAUACGAGCCCUGAUGGCGAAUUUUUGAUUGUCAGUUUCCUUCGGACAAUUCGAAUUAUUAAAAUAAAAUUAAAUCAAAAAGGGCAAAAAUGGCCCAAAUAUACACAUCCAUCAAAUAUAACAAGCAUUGCGAUUCAUCCAUCAAAGCCUUAUAUAUCAAUCGGGGAUGAAUAUGGGAAAAUUACCAAUUUGUAUGCAGAAACU